AUGAAGGAGCAGAUUGGGUACAUACCACCCCGUUAUAUUCCCCUGGGCCAGUCUGAUCGUGAACCAUCAGAUCUAGAGACAAGUAUACUUCCAACCAAUGAUCAACCUCCAUCUCCAUCUUCAUCUCCCAAAAAGAAUGAUGUCCCAAUCGAGUGGUCCUCUGGAAUAUGUGCUUGUUUUGAUGAUCUUCAGAGCUGCAUUGUUGGUAGUGUAUGCCCUUGCUUUCUUUUUGGAAAGAAUGCAGAGUUUCUAGAAUCCAACAGUUUCAUGGGACCAUGUACAACACAUUUCAUCAUGUGUGGCAUCAUCAAUACCUUUUGCUGCUUCAUAACUGGAGGCUUGAUUCUAGCCUUUCCUGGAUGCUUUACUUCAUGCUAUGCCUGUGGAUACCGCAAAGCACUACGCGCAAAGUUUAAUCUCCAGGAAGCUCCAUGUGGGGACUUUGUGACACAUCUUUGCUGUCACUUAUGUGCGGUGUGUCAAGAAUAUAGGGAAAUCCGUGAAAGGUCUCUCAACAUCGAUCCUCAUGCAAGUAUAGUAGAAAUUACACCACCUCCUCUUCAAACAAUGGAUUAGAUAGUCUUAUGUUUGUUUUCUUUGUUUCAAAAUAGAGUUAUGCCAUAAUAUAUAUGAUUUUAUUAAUGUUGUUUGUUUUGAGUAUUGAUAUUAUAUAUACUUCAAAACCAAUACUUUUCAUCCCUUUUGAGGCGUUGAUCCGAAUAUUAUAUUACAACAAACAUAUAUGAAUGUAUAAUAUUAAUUGAGAAAAG